AUGAGUUAUUCAUACCUACCUACCACCAAUGCGUACCGCCCUGCUCGCCGCCAGAGUACCCCGCCCAGUCUUGUAAAGUCCGUUCACGAUGCGCUGCCGCCAUGGGCUACACAAGGGGUAUAUUCGGCCGUCCGUACGGCGAAGAGUCAAUUGAAUCUGUACAAGAGCAAGGAUGAGCUAAAAAGACUCGGACUAAGGACGAUCCAAACUCUCUUUACGGUUACGAAUGGUCUGAUUGUUCUUUGGAUCUGUACGUUGUGGUGGGGAGAGCGGAGUGUCUUCCGUGACAGCGUUGAUGCGUGCACUUGGAAUGCUUGGGAGAAAUGGCCUACCAACGCCAGACCGCACCACGUCGCCUUCAUCGCAGACCCCCAGCUCGUUGAUCCGCACACCUACCCCGAUCGCCCGUGGCCGCUGUCGACUCUCACCGUGAAAUUCACGGACCAGUACAUGCGUCGCUCCUUCUCGUCAAUGCAGCACACUCUCGACCCGGACUCGGUAUUAUUCCUUGGUGACCUGUUCGAUGGCGGAAGGGAAUGGUCGACUCCGACCAGCACCAGCCCGGAAGAGCGGUGGAGGAAAUACAAAGAUGAUUUCUGGAAGAAGGAAUUCCAUCGCUUUGUGAAGGUCUUCUUGAACCCGUGGAGCAGCCAGGAGACGCAAUCGACGAAUUCUCGAGGGCGGAGAUUGAUCGCCAGCUUACCGGGGAAUCACGACCAGGGAUUCGGCUCGGGGGUCCAAUUACCGGUUCGUGAUCGCUUUCAGAACUUCUUUGGCAAGGGCAACCGUGUUGACAUUAUUGGGAAUCAUACGUUUGUGUCUGUCGAUAGUGUCUCGUUGAGUUCGAUGGAUCAGCCGGAUCCCCAGACUGGGAGUACAGGCGCUGGAAAUGGAGAUGGCGAACGGCCGAACCAGAAGAUCUGGCAGGAACCAGAGGACUUUUUGAAUGCAAUGAAGUUACACCGCGGGCGGGCGGAGAUGGACGAGCUGCGCUUCUUGGGCAAGCCGCGAGAGGGUCGGCUGUUCAAGCAUGAGGUUACGGUACCCUCGGAGCCUACAAUAUACCGGGAAGACGACCCUGAGAUUAUCGGGUUCCCGACCAUUCUUUUAUCGCAUGUACCAUUGUACCGGAAGCCAGCGACACCAUGCGGUCCUCUGAGAGAGCGGUAUCCACCAUCUGCAGAAGGGCUGGAAGAGGACGAGCCGAACGCUCUCAAGCUCAGCGGUGGAUAUCAAUACCAGAAUGUCCUCACAAAGACCAUCUCCAACGACAUCGUAUCCAAGAUCGGUCCAAACCUGGUCCACGUGUACUCUGGAGAUGACCACGACUACUGCGAAAUCACCCACCGCGAGUUCAGCGGCUCGCCAAAGGAGAUCACAGUCAAGAGCACAUCGUGGGCAAUGGGCGUCCGGAAACCAGGGUUCGUCCUGACAAGUCUCUGGAACCCCAUCGACCCUACCACCGGAGCCUCCAUCGACUCACAAAGCCCCGGAAGCACCCUGCAAAACCACCUCUGCCUCCUCCCCGACCAACUCUCCAUCUUCAUCUACUACGGCCUCAUCCUCGCCUUCACACUCACCGUCCUCCUCCUGCGAGCCGUCAUCCUCGCCCUCCGCAAACCCGAGCCAACAACCCCCGACCCAAUCCUCCCCUUGACUGAAACACCCGCAGUCCGCACCCGCGCCCGAGCCGUCUCAAUUACGUCCUCCUCCAACUACCAAAACAACUCCUCCAUUAAACCGGGCGGGCUUGCCAGCCGCGCAACGAAUGGGAACCCGCGCUAUACCCCGCCGGUGUCGAAUGACGCCAACGGCUAUCCUGGCUUCGACUACAUUGAAGAGGCGGAUACGUCGAAGUGGAAGGCCAGCAGCUCGGAUCGGCGGCGGCGCGGGAACGAUACGCUGUUUGGUCGUGUCUCGGGUGAGUUUACGGGCUCGGUGAAGAGUGUUGCUCGGGUUGCGCUGGUGUGGUACUUCAUUUUGGUUUGGAGGUGGUGA